AUGGUCCUUCCCAUGCCCGAGCCCACUGUGCCACCACUGCCACUUCUCGAGUACAAAGUCCUCUCCUUUGACGUAUACGGCAGCUUGAUCGAAUACAAAGCCCACAUUCUAGACUCAUUCCAACCCCUACUCUCUCGUCUCCCCGCUUCAUCACCCUUCCUCGAUGCCACACCUCUCACCACCACUGUUCCCGACUCCGCCUCCGUGGGGUCGAUCGAAUUUCUGAAGCUAUUUCAGCGCCAGGAAGAUGCGAUUAAGCUGGAGAAGCCCGUGAAACGAUUCGAUGAGAUUCUGGUUGAGAUAUGGAGGCGUAUCGCUCAGGAAUUGGGCGUGGAAAGUAGCGAUGAUGAAGCCAAAAACUUUGGAAGCGAGGCUGUCAUUUCCCGGUGGCCGACGUUCCCGGGAACCCUGGAGGCGCUGAAGAGUCUAAGCAAGCACUAUAGGCUUGUGGCACUCUCGAAUAUCGAUCGAUUCGCUUGGGACAUUACUGCAAAUUCAAAAGCAAGUCGUCUCGGAGAAGUGAACUGGUGGAAAGUCUUCACUGCGGAGGAUUUCGGUGACGACGCAACCCGCGCGGAUGACGCAAAACUAGAGACUCUAAUCCAGUACUGCACUGAAUAUGGCGUGGAGAGAGAGGAAAUUCUCCAUGUUGCGCAGAGCCUUGGCCAUGAUCAAGCGCCUGCAAAGCGGUUGGGGUUAAGCUCUGUCUGGUUGGUCGGAGAUGGACCGAGAUGGGGGAAAGAGGCGGAAAGUAAGAUGGCACUCGAAAAGAAGCUCGUUGGAUAUGCAUGGAGGUUCCAGAAUCUCAAGGAGUUUGCAGAUGAGGUGGAGAAGGUAGCCAGAGGUUAA